CUAUUUUUGACUGGAUGAUGGCAUUACUGUGAUUUUAACUAAGUCUGUAGUUACAAGUUAAAAAUGGUGUUACAAGUAAAAAUAUAAAUUUUAUUAGAAUUAUAUGAAAAUAAAAUUGAAAGUGAAAAUGAAGAAAAAACAGAAUAGAUAUGUUUUAAUAAAAAAAAUAUUCAAUUUAUAAAAUAAAUUUCUUUUGAUUGACAAAAGUUCAAAAAUUUUUUAUUUGAGCAUGAUUUGUUUAUUGAAAUAAUUUGUUAGAUAAUUCAAUUUUCUAUUAAAUUUUGAGGUUAUUUACGAAUAUAAAUGUCUAAUUCUAUGAUAUGUAAAGAUUUAUUCACUGCUGUUAAACAAUUAGCAGACAGUGAGAUUGAAUUAAUAAAGACUAUAGAAAAUUCAAAGAAAACAAAUAAUAUUAAAAAUAUUAAAAAUACUAUGUCUACGACAGAUAAGAAAAGUGUCAAAAAAUCUACAAAAGUAUUCAAUGUUCGUCCAUCUGCUGCUUUAAUAGCAGCUAAACGUGAAGCAGCUCAACAACGUAUAUUACAAGGAAAAAAAUCUAAUAAUGUUUUUAUACAUGAUAUAUAUCAAAAAGCUAUUGAUGCAUAUAAUAUAAAAAGAAUGGAAACUGGUAUUGUAUUUGAUCAUUCUAUGGCAGAACAUAAAUGUCUUUGGGAUUCAAAUUAUCCAGAAUGUCCUGCUAGAUUGAUAAGAGUUUUACAGAGAUGUGAAGAAUUGGGCUUAAUAAAUAGAUGCAAGUUGAUAACACCGAGAUUAGCUUCAGAGAAUGAAAUACUUAUGAAACAUAGUCAAGAACAAAUAGAUAUUUUAAAGAGUACUGAUGGGUGUACAGAUACAAAUAAUUUAGAAUUAUUAUCAUCAAAAUAUGAUGCCAUUUAUAUACAUCCUUCUACUUAUCGAUUGUCUCUAUUAGCCGUGGGUUCAACAAUAAAUUUAGUAGAAAGCAUUUGCAAAGGAGAAAUCCAAAAUGUAAUAUAUUCUAGACCACCAGGACAUCAUGCAAUGAAAUCAGAAUAUUGUGGAUAUUGUUUUUUUAAUAAUGUUGCAAUAGCUGCAGAAAAAGUUUUAUGUAAUAAUUUAGCUAAUAAAAUUUUAAUUGUUGAUUGGGAUGUACAUCAUGGGCAAGCUACUCAACAAAUGUUUUAUGAUAAUCCACGAGUAAUUUAUUUCUCUAUUCAUCGUUACGAAAAUGGUGAAUUUUGGCCAAAUCUUAGAGAAUCUAAUUUUCAUUUUGUUGGAGAUGACUUAGGAGAGGGAUAUAAUUUUAAUGUGCCACUUAAUAAAAUUGGUAUGACUAAUGCUGAUUAUUUAGCUAUAUUUCAACAAGUUUUAUUGCCAAUGGCUUAUGAGUUUCAACCAGAUCUUAUAAUAGUAUCAGCUGGUUAUGAUGCAGCUUUGGGUUGUCCAGAGGGUGAAAUGUUGAUAACACCUGCAUGUUAUGCUCAUUUACUAUCAUCAUUAUUAUGUUUAGCUUCUGGAAAAGUUGCCAUUAUAUUAGAGGGUGGUUAUUGUUUAAAGUCAUUAAGUGAAAGUGCAGCAUUAACAUUGCGUACUUUGUUAAAUGAUCCAUGUCCUAUGUUAGAAACUCUUACAUUACCUUCAAUAAGUAUACGUGAUACAAUUUUGAAUACAAUUUAUACACAUAAACCAUAUUGGAAAUGUUAUCAAUAUCAAGAUACAUAUAGUAUUAAUAGUACACCAAAUAAUAAAGAAGAAAAUACUAAUCAAUAUUUACCUAUAGUUAUAUUCAAAGAAACUGAUGUUAGACCAAAAGUAUAUGAAACUCAAAAUUGUUAUCCAAUUCAAACUCAAGAAAUUAUUGAAAUAAUAGAAAAGCAACUGAAUAUAUUAAUACAAUUUACUAAUUUGUCUAAAGCACCUAAUAAAGUAUGUAUUGUUUAUGAUGAUAGAAUGCUAAAACAUUACGAUAUAUCUGAUGAUAAUCAUCCAGAAAAACCACAUCGUAUUAAUAUUAUUUAUAAAAAAUUUCAAGAAUAUAAUCUACUUGAUCGAAGUUAUGUGCAACAGGGACGAAGUGCAACAAAAGAAGAGUUAUUAUUAGUCCAUACAAAAGAAUAUAUUGAUAAAAUAAAAAAUACAAAAAAUUUAAAAUCAAAAGAGCUAAAGAAGCAGGCAGAAACAUAUAAUUCAGUUUAUUUACAUCCUGAAACAUGGUCAAGUGCUUGUGUAUCAACUGGAUCAUUAUUACAAGUAAUUGAUAGUGUUUUGAAUGGAGAAAGUCAAUCUGGUAUUGCUAUCAUUAGACCUCCAGGGCAUCAUGCUACAGAGGAUGCAGCAUGUGGUUUUUGUAUUUUUAACAAUGUAGCUAUAGCAGCUAAAUAUGCCAUAGAAUUUCAUCAUGUAAAAAGAGUAUUGAUAGUAGAUUGGGAUGUACAUUAUGGUAAUGGAACUCAAUCUAUUUUUGAAGAAGACUCUAAAGUUUUAUAUAUAUCUGUUCAUCGUUAUGAUAAUGGUAGUUUUUUUCCAAACUCUAAACGAGCAAAUUACUCUUAUGUUGGUUCUGAAUCAGGAGAAGGUUUCACUGUUAAUAUACCAUGGAAUAAGAAAGGAAUGGGUGAUGCAGAAUAUAUAGCAGCGUUUCAGCAAAUAAUAAUGCCAAUUGCUUAUCAAUUUAAUCCAGAAUUGAUUUUAGUUUCUGCAGGUUUUGAUGCCUGUAUUGGUGAUCCUUUAGGAGGUUGUUUUGUAACACCAGAAUUGUAUGGACAUUUAACACAUUGGCUAUCUUCUUUAGCUAAUGGCCGUGUUAUUCUUAGUCUUGAAGGAGGUUACAAUACUAAUUCAGUUGCACAUGCAAUGGCUAUUUGUACGAAAUCAUUGCUUGGUGAUCCUUUACCAAUAUUAGAAAGUGGACAAAUUCCAUGUGCAAGUGCUGUUCACACUAUCCAUAAUGUUUUAAAAACGCAAAAACAAUAUUGGCCAAAUUUAAUGUUUAAUUUAUCAUUACCAAAAGAAAAAAUUCUUUCUAAACCUAAAGUGUCAUAUAAAAAGACAAAUGAACAAGUUAUAAACAACGAAGAACUUUUAAAAUAUUCUGAAUCUAAGAUAGCAUUGGAAGAAAUUGAGACAGAAAAAAUGCAAAAUAAAAAAAUUGCAACCUGGAAAUUCAUAAACAAAAUUAAAAACGAAGAUGAAAAAGAUUUUAGUGACAAAUUAGAUGAAGCGAUUGAUUCAUAUUACGAGUCACAAAAUACUCAACUUAAUGAUAAUACUUUCUAUUACGAAGUUUCUAAAUAUACAAAGACAUGUAUGAAUCAAGAUCAAAAAGAAGGACAUUCUAAUGAAAAUUUUACCAGUUUUGCUGCUGGUAGUAGUGGUAAACAGAAUGAAAGAAUAGUUAAACAAAUAAGUGGCAAUAAAAAUUUAUAUGAUUAUUUUUCAGAAAAUUUACAAGCACUAAUAGCUGGAGACAUGUUUGCAGUGAUACCUUUAAGAGAAUGUCCACAUUUAGAUAAUAUUAGGGAUGUGCCAGCUUUGGGAAUUGAUGUACAUUUACCUUGUGUAGAAUGUGGAAGUACUGCUGAAAAUUGGAUCUGUCUACAGUGUUAUAUUAUUCAUUGUGCGCGUAAUAUUAAUCAACAUGGUGUAUUACAUGCUGAAAAAAUGGAACAUCCAUUGGCACUAAGUUUUAGUGAUUUAUCAGUUUGGUGUUAUAAAUGUGAAGCAUACAUAGAUAAUCCACGAUUAUUUGCUGCUCGUAAUGCUGCACAUCAAAGCAAAUUUAACGAGGAAUUGCCAUGGACAUAUAAUGAUGACUGAAAUAAAAAUAUAUUUAAAAAAAUUUGCAAUUAACUAUGUAUUUUAUAAUAUCUGUAAAUCUAUAAAGUAUAUACUUUUAUUUCUGUAUUAUGUUUAGAUAAAUUGUUAACAUAAUUUAUGUAUUAUAAUAUUUUAUAGCUUUUAUCACAGAUAAGAUAUAGAAUAGAUCUAACAUUUAA